AUGGCAAAUGACAAUUCUCCCCAUCGUGAACAGAUAGACGUGAUCUCCGGUGCUCGAAUCUUGUCCCAAGGUUGGGAUUCGGAGGUCCGUUAUGACAUCCACAUCGAAGACAGCAAUAUCAAAAACAUCGUUUCUCAUACUUCAGGCGUCGGCUCAUACACACCCGAGAAAGUGUUAGAUGCCAGGAACUGCCUGAUUGCACCAUCGCUCUGCCAUGCUCACAUUCACUUGGAUAAAUGCUUCCUGCUCUCGGAUCCCAAAUUUGCGGAUCUCGAGAUUGUCAAAGGCGAUUUUGCAGAGGCUAUGGAGAUCACGGCCAAAGCAAAAGCACGCUUCGACAAAGAUGAUCUUUUGAGAAGAGGCAAAUGGCUGAUUGCCGAGAGCAUUGCUGCCGGGGUGACUCACAUGCGUGCUUUCGUGGAAGUGGACCACAUCGUGCGUAUGAAAUGCCUAGAUGCUGCCAUCGAGUUGAAGAGGUACUUUGCUACAGCGUGCGAUAUCCAAGUAUGUGCUUUUGCACAAGAACCGAUCUAUUCGGGAACCCAUGGUGCCGCAAAUCGAGAGCUCAUGGAAGCGGCAGUCUUCAACGAGCAUGUCUCGGUCGUAGGGACUACACCAUACGUGGAAAAUGAUGAAGACAAUAUGAAGAAGAACAUUGAAUGGGCUAUCAGGAUGGGAUCAGCCUGUAUAGUACACCUGGAUUUUCAUUUGGAUUACAAUUUGGAUGAAAGUCGAAAGAUAUGGACAGAUUUCGUGGUCGAAAAGCUCGAGUCGAUGAGCCUUUAUCAGAGAGACCGAUUGUCUUCUGAGAACACUACCGUUAUCCUGAGUCACUGCUCUAGACUUACACUACAUGACGAGCCAGAUUGGCGAGCGCUGAGCCAACGCGUGCAGCACCUCGAGCUUUACUUCGUCGGACUACCUACUUCGGACCUCUACAUGAUGGGAAAACCUCGAGUGGAUCAAGCAGGUCAAGGUGGGGGCGAAAGAGUCAGAGGUACGUUACAGAUACCGCAGAUGAUCCAGAAAUACGGCAUGCAGGGUGCCAUCGCCAUUAACAAUGUCGGUAACGCCUUCACGCCCUACGGAAGCUGUGACCCAUUGAGCAUUGCCAGCACGGGCGUCGGACUAUAUCAUGCUGGAACGAAACAGGACGCUCAAACGCUGUAUGAAUGUGUCUCUGGCCGAGCAAUUGAGUCUAUAGGACACACUUUGAGGUCAUUUGCCAUAGGCGAACCCGCGGAUUUUGUCCUGUUUGAUAUGGGAGGGGCUGAGGGCGGCCUGCUGUCUAGUCAAAGAGGAAGGAAGACUCUGCAGGAGGUGCUUUACGAUCCGCCAAAGGAGAGAAAGACGGUUUUCAAGGGCCAUUUGAUCACUACCUGA